GGGAUUCGGGUGGUUUCUCUGACCGUCUGGGAACCGGCAUCAUGAAGUGGAUGGUAGUGGUCCUGCUCUGCCUGCCGCUCUUGGAGGCGACGCAGAUCAAGGUCCCCCUGAAGAAGAUCAAGUCUAUCCGGGAAGUCCUGCGGGAGAAGGGCCUGCUGGGGGACUUCCUGAAGAACCACAAGCCGCAGCAUGCCCGCAAGUUCUUCAGGAACCGCUUGGCCAAGACUGGGGACUUCAGCGUGUUGUAUGAGCCCAUGUCCUACAUGGAUGCUGCCUACUUUGGCCAGAUCAGCCUCGGGACACCACCCCAGAGCUUCCAGGUCCUGUUCGACACCGGCUCCUCCAACCUGUGGGUGCCAUCUGUCUACUGCAGCAGCCUGGCCUGCACCACUCACACCCGCUUCAACCCCAGAGAUUCCUCCACCUACGUCGCCACUGACCAGUCCUUCUCCCUGGAGUACGGCACUGGGAGCCUCACCGGCGUCUUUGGCUAUGAUACCAUGACCAUCCAAGACAUCCAGGUCCCCAAGCAGGAGUUUGGCCUCAGUGAGACAGAGCCAGGCAGCGAUUUUGUGUACGCUGAGUUCGACGGCAUCCUCGGCCUGGGCUACCCCGGCCUGUCGGAAGGGGGCGCCACCACCGCCAUGCAGGGGCUGCUGCGAGAGGGCGCCCUCUCCCAAUCCCUCUUCAGCGUCUACCUGGGCAGCCAGCAGGGUUCUGAUGAGGGCCAGCUCAUCUUGGGCGGUGUGGACGAGAGCCUGUACACAGGGGACAUCUACUGGACACCCGUCACCCAGGAGCUGUACUGGCAGAUUGGCAUUGAGGGCUUCCUCAUUGACGGCUCAGCCUCCGGCUGGUGCUCCCGAGGCUGCCAGGGUAUUGUGGACACAGGCACCUCCCUGCUCACCGUGCCCUCGGACUACCUGAGCACCCUGGUCCAGGCCAUAGGGGCCGAGGAGAACGAAUACGGAGAGUAUUUCGUGAGCUGCAGCAGCAUCCAGGACCUCCCCACCCUGACCUUCGUCAUCAGUGGCGUGGAGUUCCCUCUGUCGCCAUCAGCCUACAUCCUCAGUGGUGAAAACUACUGCAUGGUGGGGCUCGAGAGCACCUAUGUGUCCCCUGGGGGUGGCGAGCCCGUCUGGAUCCUUGGAGACGUCUUCCUGAGGUCCUACUACUCUGUCUACGACUUGGCCAACAACAGGGUGGGCUUCGCCACUGCUGCCUAGACGAGCUGCCUGGACCCCGGAUACCUUCCCCCGUGGGCCCCCAGCUUGUGCGGCUCUCCUUCCUGGGUUCAGCCCCCACCUUUCCUGGACCCUGAACUUUCUCUCUUAAUAAAUAGUUCUCCAC